AAGAAGAAGAAGAAGAAGAAGAGAAGAAGAGGUUUUGUUUCCGGUCCGUUCCUGUGACGUGUUUGUGUACAAGGUUUAGCUUGUUAAAUUACCUUAAAAACGGAAACAACCCAGACAGAAACCAUCAAUAACCAAAAUAAAUAUCGGCCAUAGAGGAGCUUUAAGCCUCCGUGUUACAGUUUUCAGAUUAUAAAGUCACAUACAGAUCUGUACUGAAUGGGCCAGACGGUGACAUUUGGGAGGCAGCUGCUAGCAUCCUUUUAAAGCCUGCGUGUGUAACAUCAGUCAGCGAUGGCCAGUAACUUCCGCAGCUACAUCUGGGACCCGGUCCUCAUCAUCUGUCAGAUUGUAUUGAUGCAGUGCAUCUACUACAGCUUCUUGGGCCUGUGGUUGGCUGGAGUGGACAGCCUUGUACAGAGUAGUCGAUCGCUGGAUCAGAUCUUCAGCUACGAUGUUCUCGGUUUUGCCACCAUGCAAGGCAGGCUCUCUAUGAUGGCAUUCAUCUUGAACUCUCUUACCUGCGCCCUCGGUCUGUGGUUCUUCAUCCGCCGAGGGAAACAAUGCCUGGACUUCACGGUCACCGUGCACUUCUUUCACAUGAUCGGAUGUUGGAUCUACAACUCCCACCUUCCCUCCGCCCUCUCCUGGUGGCUCGUCAACGUAGCCUGCAUGGCGCUGAUGGCUGUGAUCGGAGAGUACCUGUGCAUGCGGACUGAGCUCAGGGCAAUUCCUGUCAACAGCGGACCCAAAUCUAACCUGUGAAUUUCUCUCUGAUUCCACACUGAUUUUUAACCCAAAAAUGAACUUUUUUCUCUCAUACUUUGUAAAGAUAAAGGAACAAAAAUCAGCAUGAACACUGACUGGAUUAUUCUGCAUCAUGUCAUCAAGUGAUCCAUCUGCUGAAAUGAUAUUUAUUCAUAGCUGCUCAUUAAAUGUUGAACAGUAUUCAGUGUAAUGUACAUUACUGUGUAAUUUAUGAAAACAUGUUUGCUUUAAAGUAA